AAUGAUGUAAGCGAUUCUAGUAUUUAUGUCUCAGUAAUAUCGUAAGCGGCUGCUGUCAAAUAGAAAUGGCCGCUGCUAUGGGGCCUGGGGGAGGCACUGGCGGGGAGAUUCGGGAGGGUUUCCUCUGUCCAAUGUGCAUGAAAGAUCUGGGUACAGUCUCACAGCUGCAGUCACAUUUCGAGGAGGCACACAGCAAUGAGGACAAGGCCACACUUAACCAGCUAAGAGGUCUGUUUGACCGAGCCAAAAAGAAAAUUUUAGGAGAGAAAGAGAGAGAAGCUAGCUUUGAUAAUUCUCAACAAGGAAGCAGUACAAUAGUUACUAAGUCCACAAGUCUGUUUGAUGUGGACUACUGGCAGCCACAGGAUGUAGGUGUAACUCGUAGCUGGACAGACACAUUUCGGGGAGUGCGAGAUGCAAGAGUUGACAAGUAUGUGGUGGAGACUAACAAGCUUCUUAUACGUCUUGACAAGCUGAUAAGCCCAGAUGCACCUACAGAUGCUGGCAAACGCAAAGCGUUUGAGAAGUCAGUGGUGAUGUGGACGCCAGACAGCGAGGUGAAGUCAUGUAGAUUCUGUGGGCGUACAUUUGGCAUGACACGCAGACGUCACCAUUGUCGACUGUGCGGGGGUAUCAUGUGUGACAGGUGCUCACAGUUCCUCACACACGCAUAUGCAAAGAAGCUGACAAACCCAGCAUUCAGCUUUGAUGGGGGUCGGGAUCAAGGUUUCCUGAAGCGGGCGGGGAGUAAUUCCAGCCUUAACUCCUUGUUCAGCACGGAAGGGGACCCGCACAUACGGUCAUGCGAGGAAUGUCGUAAACUCCUGGAGAGACGUGAUCAACUCAUGGAGCAGAGAAACACUAAAACAAGCAUAGUCAUACUAUAUGAGAAAAUGAAAUCUUUGAUAGAAGAUUGUGAAAUGCAGCUGGAAUCCUACCUUCCUAUGGUAGAAUCCUUAAGUGCAGGAGAGUCGAGCUACAGACUGUAUGAUGCCACAAGAAAAAGAGGGGAGCUAGUCAAGAAAUACGAGUUCAUUGACCAAAUCAGUAAGAGAAUCCUAACACUGAAUGUAAACAAUGAAGAAGAGAUGAGCCCCAAGCAGGCACUGUUACAGAAGUCCAUACGCACUUAUGCCUCCAACUUUAUGCAGGAGAACAUGAUGGGUCUCCAGGCGUUACCCUCGGAGGAGCAGUAUGCUGCCCUGCAAAAAAAGCGCACCGUUGAGGUGCAGAAACAGAUCGCGUUGGACCGACAGGCUGUGUUACACGCGCAGGAAAUAGAGAGACAAAAACUGGGUAAAGAUAAGGGGACGCCUAGUAGAGAGGAUGACAGAAGAGAUAGAUCGGGGUCAAAAAGUCACACACGGAGUAGCAGCUAUGGUUGGAAACCCUCGGACCAUGCAGUGCGGGAAUCCAAUGACGACCCCAUGUUACAACAGAUGGAGAUUAUACGAGGCUACAUCAGGGAAGCCAAGAAGGCAAAUAAGUUGGACGAGGUGAAAAUGUUGGAAGAAAACCUACAGGAACUCAAACUCGCAUUUACUAGUCAACAGAAAGAAACCUGGUCUUCCUCCUAGUCCUUAUUACUUUACCAUGUUUACUUAUAACAUAAAUCGCUACAUGACAUUGUAAUACUACAAUGGGCAUGAACAGGGGGAAGCCCAGCAGCCUACUAUGAUCUUCAUUGUUUACAGGCACAAGAACCACAAGGAUGCUAAACAGACAAACAAACAAGAAACAGACUAGACAACUUACAUAAUUUACAUAAUUGAAAUAAAAAAUAAAAAAAUUGUUUAUUAUUAAAUGUUGGAGCAUCUAAAGCAGUCGGUGAAAACAACUGAUUUCAAAUGAUAAGUUAUUUAUAGACUUAAGUCAUUAAAUAUUCACUGAAUGGCAACCACUUGUCACUUAACGUUUCAAUUUUCAUAGCUUAAUCAAUAGAAAUGAAUUUGAUAUUUAAUGAAAUUGUGAUCAUGCUUUCGUUUAUGCAUUUUAUGUCUUAAUAAUUCAAAUCAUAUUGCUUGCACUACUGGAGGGCACUUCAGAUAUUUAGAAAUAGAAAAACAGGUCAGUGUUGUUCUUUGUUUACUGUUUUUUACUUACAGCUUUUAUACUCUUCCUAAAUAUGUUGGCAUGGUGCUUUCAAUGUAUUGUUUAAAUAUAUAUCUAAUGAAAUAGAUGUUUAGUAGAAUGUCCCAUCUUGCUUGAGAAUUUCUAUUUUGGUAAAGAUAGUACAAGAUUAACAAUGUUAAUAAAAAUUGAGAAACCAAUGCUGCACGGCAGAACAUGUUUGCUCGCUGAUAUCUAUGGUUAUUUUUCGUGUAAACGAUAAAGUAAGGUUAAACGAUCUAAUAAUUCACCAGGAAUAGCUGUACAAUCAUGAAUUUCAUGUCUUAAAAACGAUGAAGUUGGCUAUUUAAAUACAACUUUGCAUUAGCUUUAAAUCACAACUGUCACAUAUUUGCAUACUAGACAGUACGUGAAUUCAUCAUUUCAAAGAGCAUAUAGCCUUUACAGAAUUUUAUCGAAUUAUUUCUUAAACAAGGUGAGAAUUAACUGCACAAAAAUGAUAAAACAUGUUUGAUGGAACACACCGUAUUUUACAUUGACUUUUACAUAUAUGCUUUUAUUAGAUACUUACCUUGUGCUUUUGAAAAGGGCCACUGGUCUGUUUGAAAAUAUAUAAUGUUAGCAAAUCAAAAGUGAAGUUUUUCUGUAUUACUAUUAUUUCAUUUUAAGUAUUCAUAUACAAUUAAGGCAUGUUAUAGGUUGUUAAUGUAACAUUCUUACCCAACAAUGUGUGUUGGUAUUAUUUUUUUUAUGUAUAUUCUUUACACAUUCAUGUACAAUGUAAUAAAGUGCAAUACAACUAUGA